GAACAUGAAGAAAGGGCAGUGUCUAGAUUCUAAGCGAAGAAAUAUAUUAAAAAUGUUCCUACCUGGAUUUAACGUUUCCUCUUGCUCUGUUCCUCCUUACUUAUACUCUUGUUUGUUUUCUAAGCCCUUUCAUCUCUCCAUCAAUCUCUCCCUUAAUAAUAAAGAUAAAGCAUUCAUUGCCAAUCCCUCUACUGGGUCCAAAGCAAACUCUGCUAACACACGAAGUGUUAAUGGCGGGGAGGCCAUUAAUGGCGAUCAGACUGCUCUCCAGAAGCACGUUGCCUUCUUCGACAGAAACAAAGAUGGGCUUAUUUAUCCAUGGGAGACCUUCGAAGGGUUUCGUGCGAUCGGGUGUGGCAUCCCCUUGUCCGUCGCCGCUGCCAUCUUCAUCAAUGGCGUUCUCAGUUGGCAAAGUCGCCCGGUCCGUCCUCUCAUCUCUCAGUCUCUCUCUCUCAUUUUGCUAAAUUGCGCACUGUGGGUUUACAUGAGAGAAGAUGAAUACAUACCACCUAUUGAUGCAAUGCUGUCAGUAUCAGAUUCAUGGUGCCACAUCAAGAAGAGAGAUGAGAACAUCGGAGUGAAGCAGGAUGUUAGGAGGAUAUUAGAUGAAGAGAAUGUUGAUUAUAUAUUAGAUAUGUAUGUUCUUGCUAAACCUACUGAUGAUGAUGCAUUAACUAUAAUUUGUGAAUAUCGAAAAUGGGAAAAGGACGAUCUCGGACCAAGUUGGGACCAUGUUUACAAACUUCUCCCCUUUUGGGAUUACAGGCCAAUAUCAGACCAAGCUGGAUUUGGCUAUUAA